AUGUCUUUUCCUUAUGAUUCACGUCAAAGUCGAUUUACUUCUUUUCCUAAUUUUCAAAAAUUUAUUAAUGCUAAAACAGUUGUUUGUAAAUGUGGUACGACUAUUUCACUUGGUAAAGACUAUCAAGUUUCCAAUUUUCAAAGAUAUUCUCAAAGUCUUAAUGAUUUAAAAUAUGUUAAUUAUAUUAUAAGUAGUUCAGCUAGUUUUGGUGGUGGUAAAAAGCCUAAAAUUGUAGCAAAAGAACUUUUUUCUGAAAAGUUUCUAGAAAAUGCUUCUUUUACUAGAAAAAAACUUAGUAAUAAAGAACAGAAGGAAUUUGAGAGAGCAUUAGAAUCUGAAGCAACUUGGCGUUUAGAUAAAGAAACUUUAACA